AUGGCAGCAACAGUUAACGAGGUGUUCGAGGAAAUCGCACCAGUCGCCUCGACAGCUCAUGGAAAAGUCACCGUUGUGGGAGUAGGUCAAGUCGGAAUGGCAUGCGCCUACAGUAUCCUUCAGCAGAACAUCGCCAAUGAAAUCUGCCUUGUGGAUGUUGUGGCCGAUAAACUCAAAGGAGAAAUGAUGGAUCUUCAACAUGGUCUUGCCUUCACAAGACACUGCGUGGUCAAGGCUGAUACAGAUUAUGCGAUUACUGCCGGUUCCAAGAUUUGUGUGAUUACGGCUGGUGCUCGUCAGAGAGAGGGCGAAAGCCGUCUUUCUCUCGUUCAAAGAAAAUGUGGAGAUCUUCAAAGGGAUCGUUCCAAAGCUUGUUCAUUAUUCACCCAACACAAUCCUCAUGUUGACGUCCUGACGUACGUCACAUGGAAAAUUUCUGGUCUUCCCAAGGAACGCGUUUUCGGUUCAGGAACAAAUCUCGAUUCAGAAGAUUCCGCUUCUUGCUCUCACAGAAGCUGCACAUCGCUCCAUCUUCAUGCCAUGGAUGGAUUAUCGGAGAACAUGGAGAUUCUAGCGGAACAACUGAUGACGAGCAUUGGGAGCAGGAGAUUCACAAGAAAGUCGUGGAAAGCGCAUAUUGAGAUCAUCAAGCUGAAAGGCUAUACGUCGUGGGCCAUUGGUUUGUCAGUGGCUAAGAUCGUCCAGGCUAUUAUGACCAACUCUCGAAAUGUUUUCGCUCUAUCCACCAACGUCAAGGGCUUCCAUGGAAUUGCAGAAGAGGUCUACCUCUCAUUGCCGGUCGUUCUCGGCUCAGAAUGCAUCAGACAUAUAGUCAAAAAGCAGAAUUUGGAACUCGGUGUGAAGUCGCAGCAUUAA